AUGGCCAACCAACAAGGUCCAUAUGAAGAGAAGGACGUCACCGUGUUAAGAAUCUUGGAGUUGGACAAUCGACAACUUUUCGACAAUGAAAGCAGAUCCUCCACCUCCGUUUCCUAUAUUAAAACUCCCGGCAGUUCCAUUGAAUCAAGUGAUGCGGAACAUGCAUGGAAAAUAAAGCUAGCAAUGUGCUCUUAUAAACUGGAAUUAUUUAUAAGAUCAUGGAAGUACAAACUCAAAAGACUCGAAGUUCACUUAAGACAUGAAUCACUGAAUUUUAAUCUAACAGAAGAGAAUGACAGCUCAAGAAUAGUUUUCAGGGAUAUAGACCGGAAUCCCCAUUUAGAGCCUGUAACCAAGAUGUCUCAGUUAUGUGACAGAUUGGAGAAAAACAAGUACUCGACAGUAUAUAUUCGGGGUUUCUCCCGGGAAACCAUGUUUGACUUAUACAAUCUUGUCAUGCCACUCUAUGCACCUGCCACUAUCCGAUGGGUACUUGACGUCAAUGUGCUAUCACGAGAGACUCUUCUGAAAUAUUUGGAUAAGGGAUUGUCUGAAAACUGUACUUGGAUAAUUAUCGAGCGUGGUCAAUUAAGUAUUGAACGGCUAACAGAACUGAUGAACAGAAUACCACUGGCAAAUCGAUUGGGAGUUACUUCGUGGAUACCAGCGGAUUUCAAACAUCCAAAUGCAUUUAAAUAUCGGGCUAUAUGGUAUAAAAUGGCACAAUGGGUUACUCUGGAUGACCUCAAGUCUAUUAGAAAUGUCGAUUCAGUAGAAUUACACUGGACAAGUUUCAAUUGUAAGGAUAUGAAUGAGUUUCUCAGAUAUUGGGUUGAUUGUGAUGAGGGAAUGAUGAAGCGGUUGGAGUUGAAAAUCCGUAAAGAAAUCGAUCAGAAUGUUCUUACUGACGAGCUUUUGGUUUUGAAAGUUGAGGAGGGAAAUUCACAACAUUACUUCUUAAAAAAGAGGAACCAGAACACAGGAAAGAUUGUGUUAGGCCAUUUGGAAGUGAAGGAGUUCAACUGGAUCGUCUUCUCAGAAAGGAAUAUCACUACCAUUACAACAUUGGAUGAUUCUAUGAGAAAGUUUUUGUUGGAAUAG